AUGGAGGGUAUCAACCAUGCCGGGCAUGGGGCCGCCCGACCGCAGAAUUCCGGCUUGCCUUUCUUCGGUCUCGACGACCAUCACAUGAUUCCCGAUGACUUCUCCUUCGUCCGACCGACUCCAAUCAAUCCAACACCAACGAUAACCCCCUUCAGGAUCCCAUUUUUCCGGGAAUGGAAGACCGGUGCCCCGCGCGGUGGCGAUAACCCCGGUGAUUUGCAGAAAGAAGAUCCCUUGGCUGCUCAGAUCUGGAGGCUCUACACUCGAACAAAGUCCCAACUACCAAACCAGGAGCGCAUGGAAAACUUGACCUGGCGAAUGAUGGCCAUGAGUUUAAAACGCAAGGAACGGGAACAGUUGGCUCUGGCUCAGCAACAACAGCAGCAACAGGCGAGGACCGCACAAACGAACACCGAAGAUAAUAGCCCCGCUCCCAGUGGUAUUGCGCAGCUGCGUCUGUCCGACCAUGACCACCAGAUGAAUAUGGAUACCACCCCGGAUGCGAUGAACAUGGAUGACUUUAUCGUCCCCUUCGACUCCCCGGUCGAGUAUUCCUCACAUCCCGCCGCUGACCGCCACUUCACCGCGACUCCUACCGCGGCCUCCGCGUCGAUCCCUAUCAAGUCCCGUAAAGAUCACCAACAGCAAAUGGUCGAUUCCGCCGCCGCAGCGUCAUUCCCACACCCCGCGCCGGACCAGCGGAAAAACAGCGAGUUUGGCUAUGUGACUCGCCGAGUGCGCAAGACCAGUGUGGACGAGCGCCAGUUCUUUGCCGGCCUCGCCGUGCCCACUCGGAAACGACCUGCAGAGGCAUCUCCUCAGGUGCCACCCGUCUCGAACGCCAUGAUGGCACAGCACGCCGGGCUGACGACCGGCUUGCCGGAUUACUCUCUCGACCAACCCUCCGCCUUCACCAUGCCCGGAAAUGGUACCGUUGGUGGUGGCCCGCGGCGUCACCAACAUCAUCACACAGCGUCCGGCAUCCCUUUCAACCUGGACACCUUUGGCAUGGGCGAUGACUCUGCGAUCCACUCGGCUGGCCCGUACCAGCAGCACUUCACCUUCUCGCCCUCCGACUCUCCCAUGACCGCCAGCAAUCCGUUUACCAGUCUUUAUGCGCAAACACCACUUGCAUCGUCGCUCAACUCCACAGAGUUCUUUUCUCCGCCGCCAUCGGGAUACCAAUCAACGGUUUCCACCCCCCAGCCGAUAUAUGAAGGAGAGCAGUCCAUCUUUUUCAAUGAUGCGUCGACAGCCGAGUCUCAACCACAUCGCCGAGUCCCCAACUAUAUCCAGCAACGGUCGUCCAACUUGUCGGCAUCCCUGCAACCGCGUCAUAUUUUUAACUCGAACGGCGAGUACCAGUCACCGACGUCAGGUCAACCGAUUCACUCUGGAUUCUCUAUGCCGCAGCAGCAUGUCGACCCGUCACAUGUGCUCGGCAAUGGCGAAUAUUCUACCACUGCGCCCUCAGGCAACAUGUUCACUUUUGGUGGUGACUCGGACAAUGAAGAUGACGACAGCCACACUUUUGAGCGUGGAGGAAUCGCCAUGCCGAACGAUUUCCCUUCUUUGGACGACCCCAGUGACAUUGGUGCUGGCUUGACUUGGGAUGCAGGAUUUCCUGGGUCUGUCCAGUCCUUACCGGGAUUCACUGGCCAACAUCGCAAACAUGUCACCAUUGGAUCUACUGAUAUGAUCGACGGCCCUGGAGAAUGGCAGCACGCAGGAAGCUUGGGUCGUGGGCAUGGCUCGGCUGCCUCGGUCAGUGACGUGCGCAAUCGCGAUCGUCAGCAGAAAAUCGCUCGCACCUCGUCCACCCCCAACGCUCAGCAGCUACUCCGCCAAAGCAUGAAUGGACAGAACAGCCAGCCUCCCACGAACCACCCAUCCCCCAGCACCCCUCCUGAAUCCGGUCUUAGCAGCGCCGUGCCUUCGCGCCCGCCGAGCCCUGGUGGUUCUAAAAAUGGCGAUCCCAACGCCGGGCCCACAACGUGUACGAACUGCUUCACCCAAACCACCCCGCUUUGGCGACGCAACCCUGAGGGUCAGCCACUGUGCAAUGCUUGUGGCCUGUUCCUGAAGCUCCACGGUGUAGUCCGUCCUCUCUCCUUGAAGACAGAUGUUAUCAAAAAACGCAACCGCAGCAGCGCCAAUACCUUGGCCGUUGGUUCCUCCCGCUCCUCUAAGAAAACAUCUCGAAAGAACUCUAUACAACAGGCUUCUCUCAGCGCAGUUGCCUCCCGCGCCCCCAGCAACAAUGCAUCCGAAUCACCGCCCGCGAUCGCAGGAUCCAGCACUGCCGUCAAAUCAGGCGUGGUUCCGAUCGCCGCUGCUCCCCCCAAAGCUGGCCCUCCCGCCGGUGUUGCCCAAGCUCGCGCUGGUGUGCAAGUAGCGCCUCGACGACAACGCCGCCUCGAAAAGGCGCCUACGGGAUCUGAGCAGGAUCCCGAAGACAACUAUAGGUUCAAUGCGCCAACCAGCCGAUCUAAGGUCGUCCCUCUAGCGCCCGCCAUGCCACCCCCAGCAGCCGCCAACCCGGCCAAUCACAGUAUCGCAGGUGGCCAGGGUGCAAGCCAAGAAUGGGAAUGGCUGACGAUGAGUCUGUGA